CUAAACCUCAGCUUGCCUAGUUCGAAAACCCCUCCUUGCUUGUUGCUUUGGCUGCCUCUCUUUCUCUCUCGUCAUUUCCUCUUUCUUCAGUGAGAUAUCAAAAAUGGCGAAAGGCGACGACGCAAGAAUUAAGAAGAAGAAUAAAGCCAAUCGUAAGAAACUUGCUAAAGAUCCUUCUGCCGUCUCUUCUCGCGUUGCUGCUCUUAUUGCCGCCAAGAAGCGUCGCCAAUCCGGCAAACGCCGCAACUGCCAGGGCAUGUGCUAUAGUCUUCCCUCACCUGAGGAUCCUUUCAACGAGAGACAUGGAAAAGAAAAUAUUAGCACCAGAAAAAACAAACGGCUGCUUCCAGAAGUGAAAAACAAGGAAGCCUUAAAGAAAGAAGCCAAAAAACAACAGAAAGAAAUGCUUUGUGGUGAUCAAGUGAACUUAAAAAAUCAAAAGGAAAAGAAAGCAAAGCUAGGAGAUGGAGACUUCAAUGAUUGUACUUUAGGAAAUUCUGGCUGUCCGUCUAAGUUUCUUUGCUCUUGCUUAAACUCUAUACGGGAUUCUUUGCUUGGUGAUGGCGUGCUGAAUAAGGAACAGGACAAACCUUUGUUUGUUGAUUCAUGGGGAGUUGAAUUUUGGAAGUCUUAUUCCAUAGGUGCCGAUAUAUUAGAAAACAGUGGAACUAGUCCUUCUGUGCAGCAGAUGGCCUGGAUAGCCUCCACUGCAGCUGACAGCAUUUCACAGAAGGAGAAGGAUGGGGCAUCCUUCUCCAACCCGUUCCUGUUAUAUCUUGUACCAUCACAAGAGAAAGCGAGUAAGGUGCGUUCUGUGUGCAAGCCUUUAAAAGCUUUCGGCAUACACACAGUGAGUUUACAUCCUGGUACUUCAGUGGAGCAUCAAGUUCAAGGCCUAAAGAGUUGUGAACCUGAAUUUCUUAUAGCAACGCCUGAACGCCUGUGGGAGCUUGUUUUGCUAAAGGCAGUUGAUAUAUCUGGGGUUUCUUUGCUGGUUGUAGAUGGAAUGUACUGUGUUUCUCAUUGCCUUAAUGAGGUAAAAUGCAUAAAAAAGUCGAUAAUUGGAAAGCACUGCAUAAUGGCUUUCCAGGGUCACUCUGAUGGUUCCUCUUCUAAAGCUGUACAGAGUAUUCUUAGGAAACCCUAUCAUUCUUUAUCUCUAGAUGGACGAAGAAAGAGUCAAGGUAUCUGAACUGAUUGUCGAAUUUUUGUAGUCUGAGAAACAAAACUCUCAGGUCGUGGAUUUAAGAUUACUUAAUGCAUCUUGGAUUGGAUAUUGCAAAAACUAAUACACGGUACCAUCCUAGAAAACAAGGAACACAUUUGUGCAACAUAGCCAUCAAGUUGUGCUUGGUUGUAGUGGCAAAGCUUGUGGUUUUAUACUGUCCUAAUCUAAAAGUUUAGACUCGAGGACAACUGAUGUAUUUUUCAAUUAGACUGCUUUAAAACAGGUUCAAUGAAAAUUCCAUUGAAUUUCUAUUUGUUAUAUGUAUUCUGUUCAUUUUUGGAA